AUGUCUAGAGAAGGCAUUAACUUUUUAAAUUCCGGAAGAGAUAUAUUGAUUUCAGUCUGAGGUAUAUAUAGGAUGAACAUGUAGGUUGAAUUUUGAGAAGGCUAACAUCUGAUUUAAAAAGUGCCUAUGAUUUGACGACAUUUUGGCGAUAUAAGGGUCAUAUAAGUCACAUUUGUUUUUUGUUAUUGUAGCCUGCAUAGUAGGCGUUUCCAAAAAGGCACGCGAAGGGAACGAAACUGCGAGCGAGUGAGAAAAAUAAGGAGCAAGGGCCGGGGGAGGGGUGCGGCCUUCUCUCCCCUUUCUCGCUCAUCCCCUCCCCACUUCUCCCCAAUUUUUUGCUCACACCAGGCGCGCUCCUUUGCUCGUCCGCUUGGUCGAUUUCUUGUUCGAUCUCUCCGUCUGGAAAAGGAAAAUAAACGUCUGCUACGCAAGCUAUUGUUGUUGUAGUUUUGCUUUUUUCCCCGCGAACGCAAAAGGCCUGCGUUAGUUUGCGAUUCGUUUUGCGUAAAUCAUCUGGAAUUUUCUCCAGUUUUCUCCAUGGUCUUCAGAUGUCUAGGAUUAGGGUAUGGGCGUCUGUGGUUUAUGAGCACACCCCCUCCCCUAUGACAACCAAUACUUGCCCACACAACCCAGCGUGUAGCCAUUUCCGGUAUGGUACAACAGAUUCCAUGUGUGGUUUUCUCGGCCAGGGAUCAUAAGCUAUCAUAGGAUUCACCUUCUUUCUCGUUGCUAUCAGUCAUGAAUUUUGAUCAUCUCUUACUAGUUUUUAUUUACACCUUUGUGGUGCCCAGUGCAGCUGUGACAAGGAGACUUAAGGUACAUCGUCUACCAAGUGGAAUAGAUGAAUUUGAAGUUCUAGAUGACAACAUGGAUAGUAUAUGUACCGAGACAGAAAGAGCGAUGGAAUUUUGUGCAAGGCAUGGAGCAAUUAACGUUAAGAAUACAGGACCCUGUUCUAAUCAUGAUGAAGAAACACUACAAUGUCGUUGUAACUCUACUAAAUCAACGUUUCUUCUGCAUGAAGGAAGGUGUGUGAAUAACCGCAAUAUCACUCGGCUUCUUCACGGAGAGGUAUCGCCAGUUUGCAAGUUUCGCCUUGUUGUUCAAAAUGGCCGUAAUCCUCUUCGUUGUGAGAGGUCCCCAGUCUCCACGCUGCCAACAAACAUCACUGAAACAAGGCGUUACUUGCUGUGCACUGCGCAAGCUUCGGAAGAGGUCUUCAACUGCAAGAUUGACAUCAACAGGUCGAUGUACAAUAAUGCCGGGCGAUGGAAACGGCUGUGGAGACUGGAUCCAAGAGAACAGUCAGUGGGUGCUAAGGAAAUAAUACUGAGGUUGGCCUCAAACGCCUCAAGAUACAGCGGCCUCAUCGUGUCUCUAGAAGCAACUUGCCAGGUGAAGUCAGAGCUCAGUUUACGACUGCGAGGCCAACCUCCAUAUGACGAGCUUCAAUCUUGUCUACUUCUCAAAGUUAGCGGUACCCGUUCAUGGUCAUUAAAACCACAUCAGAUGAGCUUCACUAAGUCAAACCAGAUGAACUUCGAGCUUGCAGUGAAUCAGAGCAGACAUCAUAAUGAACGCCAAAACAAGACAGACUCAGGGGGGAAUACGACAGUUAUUGCACGGCCUACCAUACAACAAAGUCCUACAACUUUAUCAACCGUUGAACUUGUCACAGACAAAGUUGAAAUUCACAAAGCUGACAGCGCCUCGUUAUACAAGCAAUUGAUAUAUUUUAUGAUUGGGGCGUUCCUUGGUAUCUUAUGGACUCCAAUAACUAUUUAUUUUGUGUUUCAAUGUGCGUCUCGUCACACCCGACUCCGUACGCGCCGGAAGAUGAAGAAAGCGCAAAGACGAAGAAGGAGCACAGGAAAUCCAACAUACGAACGAGGUCCGGACACUAGCCUCGUUCUGAUGCCAAUGGCAGCUGUCAAUCUCUCAGGAUCCCCCGUUUCCGCUGUGUCUCCAUAUGCUGACGUCUACCAGCCACUAGUUGAGAACACCAGGCCUCACAGCAUCAAUAUCUACAAUAACUUGUACGAGAGCUUGGGCAGGCUGCGAGAUAAUCCAGAACUACGUCGGUUUUCUCAUUCCUUGUAUCAGGAUUUGACGAGAGCUAACGCUACAACCUCAGGUUUAAAUUCUACGUAUCAAAAAGUGUUUACCCCUGGUGUAACAACAGCGACCGUUUCUUUAAAUUCUUCGCCUGGGCCCGUUUACGUUAACAUUUCUGUAGGAGCUUCACACGAGCAGGGCGACUCAGGAACAACGAGGAAAAAUCAAGGGCUGCAAUGUUCACCUGAACUGUUACAUAAUGAAGAAUGCACUGUAGUUGGCACAACAUCGAGUGUUUUGACCGUAAGGUGUCAAUCAACUGCAACGUCAUCGCAAGAAGAUGAAGGGAGGGCUGUAGAGUCAGUUGCGCACUCUUCGUCAUUGUUAUCAUUAUCUUCGCUAACAUUUUAUGAAGAGGACGAUACUUCAGUGGUAAAUGACCAAAUAGGGCUGGAAUCUGAUUUUGUGGUCGAGGAUGAUUCGUGUGAGGGAGAUAAACAACAUAAGAAAGUUGAUACUAUUGAUAACAUGUCUUCAGAAUCUGAUACAGCUCGUGAUAGCUUACAUGACAGUACAUCAGAGUGCCGGCUGAGCGGGUUGGAGAUUAUUAUAGACUCUGACUGUAGUGAGUGCGGCAGUGAACUCGAAGACGCUAUUGAUGAAACACAAACCCAGUCACAACCGUUUUACUAUGUACUCGAAGGCCCUAAUCCAACAGAAUGUUAUACGUGAGCGCCAUGUUUUCACUGCGUACAAUGAUCAAAAGAAACAAUCUCGUCUCAAGGGGCCACCAUUUUGAAAAUGCUUGUUUUGUUUAAAAAUGAUGUUGCCUGUAAAUGCCUGAUAAUGUUAAUGGUUUGCAUUGCAUGAAAAUUCGUUGGUUUCUAUUUCGUGACAUUGUGUUACCGAACAUUGCGUGACAAGAGGAAGAUAUGGCCAGAUCGAAUUUGUUACAUUAGUUAUCUUCUGAUUUUCAAUCAUGAAUUCCUUUUUUUCUUUAAAAAACAUACACUGCAGUUCUUCACUGCAGACCGCGGCAGCCUUAAAGACAGUUGAUCACGUGUUGCAGACAAACGCACCGCAUGAUAUUUUUAUUAAACCACCGCGAAUGGGUUUGAAAAUAGGCUUUGGGUUAUUCUCGCAAUAGCUUCAAGUUCUACUCGUGAAAGACUGGAAAGAGUAGUAAGCUAUUACCGCAACUUAAAAUUGUAAAAGGAGUCAAGUAUUUUCUACGUUGCAGUUAAGAGUAUUUUCUAGAAUGUAGUUUUCUAGCAAAGUUUAUAUUGAAUUAUAAUGAAGGAUACUCUAGCUUCUAGUAUCACAGUCCUUUAUCACAAAAUUCUAGCCUCAGUUUUGAACCUCCAUAUGAUAGUUACAGCGAAUCUCUUCCCUUUCCUAAAGAUCCUGGAGACCAGGUUACCAAUCCUCCUUCCUCUUGCUAACGAAGUUCGCGGCCCGUACUUUAUUUUCUUCCCUCUGUUAAAUAACUGACUGACGUCAUUCAAAAUUUUGAGCCAAAGAAACAUUUUACAAGUUCAUUUUAUGGAAGGACAAGACUCAGAGCGGAUCAACACAGAUCUAGAGAGCUGCCUCUUCCAUUCAAGGACGAGGCAAAAACAACAGUUGCCAUUCUUAUUUAGGGCCCAGUCCACACAAGUCUGAAGAAAUUUGAAAACUGCAUUUUCACUCUGAAAACGUAUCGUAAUAAUAAUAAUAAUAAUUAUUAUUAUUGAAUAAUUUCAGGGUUUAUUGAACCUCUCGGUGCAUUUUUAAAGUCAGCUCUUACAAUAGCAAUUGAAUAAUCAUCUUGUGUCGAUCGUACGGCGUAUGUUUUCCGUCCACACUACGCCGGAGAAAUUUGAAUACCGCAUGAAGCUUUUCCCCUUCAUAGGUUAUGAGGCAGAAUGGUUGUGAGGGAAGUUUGUUGACUGCGAUGGUGGCGGUCGCUUUGACGAGGAUCGCUUGUGGUUGUGGUGAAAUGCUACUCCUUGCCUUUGUUUAAGCACUGCUGGUAAAAGCGAAAGACUACAACUGGAAAUCCUUUGGACUGAAAAAAUGCUUCCAUUUAAUAAUGAUAAUGAUAUUGAUAUUUAAAAAGGGUGACACCAAAACAGCUAACA